CCCCUUGAAUGCAUCUGUGCUAUUUCUUGUUUUUAAAAAAAAACAUAUGGACUUAUUUUUACUCGGACGAACCAAGAGAGGGCGAGCGUCGAAAAGAACGACGACAGCUCUGGUCGUUGGGUUGGGUAGAGGUUAGUUUGGUCGCGUUGGGAACACUUCUGGAACGAACUACGGUCGUGCGGUUUACCAGAAGGAGACAGGUUGCUGGACGCUGAUCUGACAACUGUGUACAGUUAUUCAAGCUCUGACAUUUUCCGAGAGAUUCCACUGCCCUUAAGACAAGUGUUGGGAUGUCUGAAGCUAAAGAAGAAGCUGUGAGUGAAGUAACAGAGGCAACCGAGGUCGAGGCUGCUCCAACAGAGGAGAAUUCUGUCAGAAAUGGAGGUGAAAGAACGGACCCAGAUAGUGACUUGGUUGCCAUCUGCGUAACUAUUGGAGCUACUGUUCCAACCGGAUUCGAAUGCACAGCCAGCGCUGAGGUCCUGGAGAAAAUUGGCUCGGAAUCCAGGAUUAGCAAGGAUCGAGGGCGGAUAUAUUUUGAGGUUUCAAUCGACAAUCUUUUUGAGGUGCAUCUCUUACGAUCUGUGGACAACUUAUUUGUUGUCGUUCAGGAGUUUCCUAGUUACCAGUUUGAUGAAAACAAGGAAGCUGCCUUGGAGGACUUCAAGGAGUUGGUUGCCAAACUUUCUUGGGCUCGUCCCCUUGACGUGUGGAAGUUGAACAACAGUCUGAAGAAAAGGAAAUUUCACCGCAGGAAAUCCAGCGAUAGUUGUGAUGCACAGACGGAUGCCUCUGGUGAUGCCAGCAAAAGAAAAGGUGAUCAGUCAGAUCUUGUCUCCCCUAGCCAGUUGCCCACUGAAGAUCAGUUGGAUAAUGGACAGCCACUGGCAUCCCCAACUUCUGGCUCCCAAGGAGAAAAGCCUCGUGAAAGCGAGGAGAACUCUGAGCUUCCCAACAAUACAAUGGCAUUCGUUGACUAUGCCUCAGUCCCACCUGAUGAUAAUCCCUCUGACAAAGAGGAGGACGCGAGGGAAGCAGCUAAAGCAAAGGAUAAUGGACUCCUUCGGUUUCGGGUCACCUGCAAUCGAGCUGGGGAUAAGCACAGCUUCACCUCUAUGGAAGCAGCCAGGAAUUUCGGGGGGGCUGUGCAGGACAUGUUCCAGUGGAAGGCUGACAUGACAAAAUUCGAUGUGGAGGUUCUACUCAAUAUUCACGAUGGUGAAAUGGUGGUUGGUAUUGCAUUGACAGAGGAGAGUCUGCACAGGCGAAACAUAACGCACUUUGGCCCCACAACUCUCCGUUCUACUAUAGCCUAUGGCAUGUUAAGGCUCUGUAAUCCUCAGCCCACUGAUAUUAUUGUUGAUCCGAUGUGUGGAACCGGAGCUAUACCAAUUGAGGGAGCUUUAGAAUUCCCCCAGUGUUACUAUCUGGCUGGAGAUAACAAUGUUUUGGCUGUGAAUAGAUCCAUCAAUAACAUCAGCUCAAUACAGAAACAAAGAAUGGAAAAAGGAAGGACUGCCUGUGGAAUGCCUUUAGAUGUUCUCCAGUGGAAUCUUUGUAACCUUCCCAUGAAGACAAAUUCCGUGGAUGUGAUUAUAUCGGACAUGCCAUUUGGAAAGAGGAUGGGCUCGAGGAAGAAGAACUGGGAUCUGUAUCCAGCCUGUCUGAAGGAAAUGGGACGGGUAUGUCGGCCUGAGACAGGCAGAGCAGUUCUCCUUACUCAAGACAAGAAAUGUUUUAUAAAGGCCAUGUCGAAAAUGGGGCAACUCUGGCGGAAGUCUCACACCGUUUGGGUGAAUGUGGGCGGGCUGCACGCUGCUGUGUAUCUGCUGAAGCGCAGUGGUGUUUCCUUUGACAAACUCUUCAACAUCCACCGAGAGAACGGUCACCCUAGGGAAGUUUGCAGUAGCACAAAGGUGGAAGAAUAGAGAGGACAGGACGCACAGUCCAUAAGGCCAACUGUCUGCACGAGAUAAAAAUCAACUUUUGAGAAGAAGAGGAGGCGGUUGUUCAGUUCUGCUUGAACUGCGUUGAGUUGCUGUUGGUUCGUGGAUGAAAGGGAAGAGUCCAUUCUUUUAAGAGCUCAUUGAUAUUAUUUGCCUAAGUAUUUAGGAUUUAAAACUCAAUCGCUCGGCAUGUUACAGGCUGGUUUUCUCUGUCUCGCUUCUCCAAUAAUAUCUCUGGUCCAGAACAUUCAAUCAACAUUCCCAGCUCCCCAGUGCUCUGUGCCACAUGAGAGCAUUGGGUAAGGAAAGGGGAUAAACUCCAAUACAUUGUAGUAGCUAUUUUUACACUGAUAAGUGAACAGUUUUUAAGCGAACAAUGUUUUAGGUGAGGUUCUCAGGUAGCAAUGUGGCCGAAAGACUGAGAUUGUGCAUUGCCAAACUGGCACAGAAUGAUACUUUCUUUUGAACACUGUUAAACACUGUUUUUGCAAUAAAAAAAUUUGAUCUUG